AUGUGCGGCUCUGCUUCUGGCAAUGAUUCGAUGCUUCCGUUGGGAAGACACGAGAGAGCCAAGGCAAGCAAAGAACUGUCUACGAGUCAGAAAGCAGAGAAGAACGCAAAGACACCGUCAAAUAAGUUCCAGCAAGAAAAGAGAGCGCGAGGUACAGGGAACAAGACUGAUGGACAGAUUAGCUCAGGCUCUCGUGCCGACAAGGACAUUGUUCUUGGAAUCCCUGUGCCCUUGCCUUCGCCGCUGCUCGAGGGAGAAGAGGUGACCUAUGCCAUUCCAAUGCAAGACGAGGUUGUCUCUCUUGCCUGUUUCACCACGCUGUCUGGACGAAAAGCGGAUGAUCGAUCGUUACGUCGAUUAACAACUUAUGAUGACUUUUGGUGGGAGGAGCUGCCUCUCGAGAUACAGGCUGCAGCUGAAGUACUCGGUUAUGAUCAGAAUAGCUGGGACAAUGUGAUUCCCGUCUACACAGAGGAGCUGUUCUGGGAUGAAUUGACCGAGGAGCAGCAAGCAGCAGCCAAGUUGCUCGGUUAUACACAAGCGCUGUGGGACGGUACAAGCACGGAUGAUACAACCAACACAGAUGAUGGCACCACCAUGCCAGCAACACAAGCACCUGGGUUCGAAGCUGGGCUAGUAGGCGAUGUUGACCUUGCAUUUUACGACGCUGAAAGCGGGGAGCUGCUCUGCGUAUCGGCUGGGGUGGAUUCCAAUGAAGAGUGCUUUGAGCUGAUCGAUCCUGAUGAGUCAAUUUUGGUGACAGUUGCAGCUUACAUGAACAGCUCAGAUGUUGUGCUGCAAUGCAAUCAACGCUCAGUUGGAGAAUUGACAUUGGGAGAAGAUAUUUUCGUCACAUUUGAUGUAAGAGAGCGGAUAUAUUUUUCUUAUGAGCCCGAUGGACCGGAAUCCAUUGUCUGCACGACAAACAGCGCUGGAGAAGGCGACAUUGACCUCGUCAUGUUCUCACGGGAUUCCAACAGGGAGUCAUUUUCCUUGUGUGAAUCAUUUGGUGCUGCUUCAGCGGAAGCAUGUACCGCGAUUGCCAUACCCGGAGCAACAACAUUUGUGUUGCUCACACCAGAGUUUGGUGCCAUUCCUCAAGAAGACGUUGUUUUGUACUGUGAGGCUAGUCCUUUGGAAGACUUGGCCUUAGGGGAGCCUAUUGAUAUCACCAUUGACACACCAGGGCUGGCAGGUGCUGUUGCCUUGUCAUUUUCACUGAACCAAUCAUCAAGUCUUUUCUGUCGCACCUUAGCAGCAGCUGGCUAUGAAGGAGAUGUUGACAUGAUAAUGUAUUCCAUGGAUGCAAUAUGCGAAUCAAGGGGCAUUGAUUCUUCUGAAUCCUGCACAAUCACAGUGAAGGAAGCCUCCACUGUGAUUGUUGAGUUUUCGCUUUUUUCGGGAGAUCCAGCAGAUGGAAACGACCUUACAAUUACAUGCUACGCUGGUCCAGUUGCGGAAUUAGAGCUGGGAAACUCAGCAACAAUGGAUGUGCAGCUGGGAGACAUGCACACUUUCUACCUUGAAGUUGGAGAAACCCCAGCCCAAAUUAUGUGUCAAGUGUCAGCAGCAUCAGUGUUUUUGGAUAUGACAUUUGAUGAUGAUCUGAUUGAUUCUCGAGGUUGUGGCAAUGAGUUUGGGAUCCCAUGUCAUUUGGGUGUUUUCUUUGAUGAUGUACCCAUCCGGGUCAGAGUUUUUGGGUUGUUUGAAGGUACAAUGGAAGCUGUCUCCCUUGAUUGUGCAAAUGAGAUCAAAGAAGCUGAAAUCCUUGAGCUAGGUAUUCCGCUAUCUUUGACUGCUGAUAACGAGGAGGCCUUCUUCUAUCAAUUUACAGUGGAAGAUGCACUCAGUGACAUCAUCUGUGAGACAAUUGUGUUGGAAGGCAAUGAAACAGAUCUGGACAUUGCAUUAUCUCCAGUUGGAGUUGGGUUUCAAAAGGUACUAAGCCUGAGUGAUUUUGGCUCAACCAACACCCUCAUAUGGCCUUGGUCUGUUCCCAGCACAACUUUUCACCUCUUAAUAGAGGAGUUUGACAGCACGAAGACUGUCAUGGUACAAUGUGACACUAUUCCUUUGGAUCAGCUGUAUCCUGGUGAACCUGUAACUUUCUCUUCAAAUGAGUUGUCAGGUGACAGGAAGCCCUACUUCCUGGCUGGAGACUCUGAUUUUGGGUUUCACUUGGAUGUCGCAGAUUUGAAAGUAUUCUAUAUGGAAGAUGUGGCUGAUACGGUCCUCAAUUGCACCCUCCUUGUUGGCGAAGAUGUUGCUGCAGACUUGUAUAUUCGUGAAGUGGCAGAAAAUGGGAAUAUGGAAGCUUCAUGCUACUCUUCCUUUGAUUGUCUGGUGGUCACUGGCAAUGCCACAAAAUAUCUUUUUGUUGCUGCUGUAGCCACAAAUAUCACUGGUGGCCUUGAUGAUGGGAUGAUCCUCACUUGCAAUGCGUUGGAACCUGGUGAUGCUCCAGGAAAUGGCAUGGAUGAGCCCGGGGAGCCCUUUCCAAUAGAUGGAAGCGUCAUUGAUGACGAUGAACAGGUUGUCCAAAUGGAAGAAGAAGAAGAAGAAGAAGAAGAGGGCAUGGAACCUGUGGACCCUUCUCCGACGGAGGGGAGUGUCAUUGAUGAUGCUGAUCAGGAGGUGGUUGUUGGCCAAGUAGCAGAAGAAAUUGGGAGUGGAGAUGAGACCUUUGGAGCUCCUUAUGAAGGUAGCGGGGACGAGAUGACAGAAGUGCGGCGGCAUGGUGACACGGAUCCAUAUAUUUUGCACUGA